GUUGAUAAGGAGGAAAACAGUGUGCUCUUUAGCAUGUCAAUGUUACCAAGAAUAUAAACAAUGUUUUUGGCAACCUUCGUGGCAGUUUGAUUGACACAAUGCUGAAGUUUAAAUACGUGAGUCAAGGAAGCCUGAAGUCGCAGCCUUCCUCCUCGGACCCCAUCACCAUCCGCAGCUCGCGACUCAAUCAUUUGUUUCAGGGUAGAGUGGGCCUGAGUGGGCGGCAGGGAGGAUGGACUCUAGGUCGGGAAGAGUUUUUGGAGGCUCUGCUACUGCUGUACCAAGAGUGCAGCUCCCCGGAGCUCAUGAAGAUACAUCACGUGGCAAACUUUGUCAAUAAGUUUUCUGAGGUGGUCUCUGAGCUGCGGUCCCUGCAGCCCCUGCCUCAUGAUUUUGAAGUACGUGCAGUGGUGGGUCGUGGUCGCUUUGCCGAAGUCAAAGUUGUUCGGGAGAAUGCGACUGGGGAUGUUUGUGCCCUGAAAGUUAUGGAGAAGACUGUCUUACGUGCUAAAGAAAAUAUGGUUUUCCAUGAAGAGGAGCGCAGCAUCCUGGCUCUGAACAGCAGUCCCUGGAUCCCUGAGCUUCUCUAUGCCUUCCAGGAUAAAGAACAUGUCUACCUGGCAAUGGAGUACCUGCCAGGCGGCGACCUAAUGUCCCUGAUGAACCGAUAUGAGGAUCAGUUCGACGAGUCUAUGGCUCAGUUUUAUCUGGGCGAAUUGGUGGAGGCCAUUCAUGCUGUUCACCUGCUGGGCUACGUCCACAGAGAUGUCAAACCAGAGAACGUUCUCAUCGAUCGGACGGGUCACAUUAAGCUGGCAGACUUCGGAUCAGCUGCCAGGCUGACUGCUAACAAAACAGUUGCAGCGCCCACACUGCCUGUUGGGACUCAGGACUUCUUGUCGCCUGAGGUGCUGGCAGCUAUGAACGGGGGCUGUAACAGCUCCUAUGGGGUUGAGUGUGACUGGUGGUCUCUGGGGGUCAUAGCCUAUGAGAUGAUUUAUGCCAGAUCGCCUUUUUCUGGUGGCACUUCUACGAAGACAAUCCACAACAUCCUCAACUUUCAGCGCUUCCUUAAGUUCCCGGAGGAGCCUCGAGCCAGUAAACAGUUUGUAGACCUGCUGCAGAGAUUGUUGUGUGGAGCCAAAGAGCGGCUGGGUUUCCAGGGACUCCGCUGUCACUCUUUCUUCUCCAGCGUCGACUGGAACAACUUAAGACAAGUUCUCCCGCCUUUUGUUCCUGCGUUGCACGCUGAAGAUGACACCUCUAAUUUUGAGGAGCCGGAGCAGGCAGCCCCCCGGCCAGCCUCAGCAGCCCAGCGAGGAGCUCUUCCAGUGGGCUUCCAGGGCCAGGAUCUGCCCUUUUUAGGGUGGUUCUUCAGCAGAACGUUGACGACGUUGGCCAAAACUGAGGGGGUAUCAGCAGGCCUCAACUCUCCUGCAAAGACCAACUCCAUGGAAAAGAAAUUGCACCUUAAAAGCAGAGAACUACAAGAAACUCAAGACAAAUGUCACAAGAUGGAGCAGGAGAUCUCCAGGUUUCAGCGUAAAAUGACUGACCUGGAGUCAGUUCUCCACCAGAAGGAUGUGGAACUGAAGGCAUCCGAGACUCAGAGGAGCAUUCUGGAGCAGGACCUCGCCACCUACAUUACAGAGUGUAGUAGCCUGAAGAGGAGCUUGGAGGAGGCACGUGUGGAGGUCUCCAGAGAGGAUGACAAGGCUAUGCAGCUGCUGCACGACAUCCGCGAACAGAGCAACAAGCUGCAGGAAAUUAAAGAGCAAGAGUACCAUGCCCAGCUGGAGGAGAUGCAGGUGACCAUCAGGCAGUUGGAGGAGGACCUGUCAGCUGCUCGCCGCCGUAGCGAUCUCUACGAAUCUGAACUGAGAGAUUCAAGGCAAACAAGUGAGGAACUCAAGAGGAAAGCUGUAGAAUACCAGCAGAGAAUCCAGAAGGCUAAAGAGCAGGGCAAAGCUGAGGUGGAGGAGCUUCUUUCCAAACUAGAGAAGACCAACUCUGAGCAGCAGGCAAAGAUCCAGGAGCUGCAAGAAAAACUUUCCAAGGCAGUGAAAGCCAGCACAGAAGCCACUGAGUUGCUGCAAAAUGUUCGACAGGCAAAAGAGCGACUGGAAAGGGACCUUGAGCGUCUGCGAGGCAAAACAGACUCUAGUGACACUUUAAAACGCCGCCUGAGGGAGACAGAGGAGGGCAGGAAAACCCUGGAGAACCAGGUAAAAAGGCUGGAGAUGGUCGAGCGGCGAGAGAAUAAGCUGAAAGAUGACAUUCAGACCAAAUCCCAGCAGAUCCAGCAGAUGGCUGAGAAGAUCCUGGAGCUUGAGGAGAACCUGAGGGAUGCCCAGUCAACUGCUCAGAGGAUGGAAACUCAGCUGACUCAGAAGGAGAGGCUUUAUGAAGACAAGAUUAAGGUUCUGGAGGCCCAGAUGAAGACUGACCUGGCUGAGAAGGAGAGCCUGGAGGCCAGAAGAGCCCAGCAGGAGGAGGAGUCUAGAGAGAACUGCAAACUCAUCAGCGAACAGAAAGCAACCAUUAAUGCUAUGGACUCCAAGAUGAAGAACCUUGAGCAGCGUAUCGCUGAGCUGUCAGAGGCUAACAAGCUGGCCGCCAACAGCAGCAUCUACACCCAGAAGAAUAUGAAAGCCCAGGAGGAAAUGAUAUCAGAGCUUCGGCAGCAGAAGUUCUAUUUGGAGUCUCAGGCUGGAAAGCUGGAGGCUCAAAAUGCCAAACUGGAGGAGCACCUGGAGAAAAUGAGUCAGCAGGAGCAGACCAAGAGGACCCGUCUGCUGGAGCUGGAGAGCAGGCUGCGAGAGAUGGGCCUAGAACACGAAGAGGAGAAGCUGGAGAUCAAGAGACAGGUGUCAGAGUUGACCCUCUCCCUGCAGGAGCGCGAGUCCCAGAUUAGCAGCCUGCAGGCAGCACGUCUCGCCCUGGAGAGCCAGCUGCAGCAAGCAAAGACGGAGCUGGAGGAGACCACUGCUGAGGCUGAGGAGGAGAUCACCGCCCUCAGGAAUCACAGAGAUGAAAUUCAGCGCAAGUUUGAUGCCUUGAGAGACAGCUGCUCAGUGAUCACUGACCUGGAGGAGCAGCUCACACAGCUGAGUCAGGAGAAUGCUGAGUUGAACCGCCAGAACUUUUACCUGUCAAAACAGCUAGAUGAAGCAUCAGAUGAGAGGGAGAACCAGCUGCAGCUCAGCCAGGAAGUGGACAGGCUGCGGAGGGAAGUUGCUGACCGUGAGAUGCACCUAAACAAUCAGAAACAGAACAUUGAGACGCUGAAGACCACAUGCAGCAUGCUGGAGGAGCAGGUGGUGGAGCUGGAGUCCCUGAACGACGAGCUGCUGGAGAAGGAAAGGCAGUGGGAGGCUUGGAGAGGAGCCUUGGAGGAUGAAAAAAGCCAAGCUGAGAGACGUGCCAGAGACUUGCAGAGAAUACUGGACAAUGAGAAGCAGAACAGGUUGCGUGCAGAUCAGCGUAGCACUGAAUCUCGCCAGGCUGUGGAACUGGCAGUCAAAGAGCACAAGGCUGAGAUAUUGGCCUUACAGCAGGCACUGAAGGAGCAGAGGCUGAAGGCUGAAAGUCUCUCUGAUACUCUUAAUGAUUUAGAGAAGAAGCACGCCAUGCUUGAAAUGAAUGCUCGCAGUUUACAGCAGAAACUGGAGACGGAGAGAGAGCUAAAACAGAGGCUGAUGGAAGAGCAAGGGAAGCUGCAGCAGCAGAUGGACCUCCAGAAGAGCCACAUAUUCCGCCUGACCCAAGGCCUGCAGGAUGCCCUGGACCAGACUGACAUGCUCAAGACUGAGCGGACUGAUCUGGAGUACCAGCUGGAGAACAUACAGGCUGUAUACUCCCAUGAGAAGGUGAAGAUGGAGGGGACAAUCUCCCAGCAGACUAAACUCAUUGACUUCCUUCAGGCCAAAAUGGACCAGCCCACCAAGAAAAAGAAGCAGGGUAUAUUUGGACGGCGUCGAGAAGAUGUAGGCACUACAACAAAUGGUGCACUGGCUCCACAGGCCCAGCCGGCUGUUCCCAUGCAGUAUGGUGACAUGAAACUGGCUCUGGAGAAGGAGCGCUCCAGGUGUGCAGAGCUGGAGGAAGCUCUGCAGAAGAUGAGGAUAGAGCUAAGAUCCCUCAGAGAAGAAGCAGCUCAUUUUAAAGCCCAGGAACAUGUGGCUCCUUCCACGCCGGCCCAGGCUCGACAUCAAAUCCUCAUGUCGGCUAUUGUAAAAUCCCCCGAACAUCAACCCAACCCCAGCAGCCUGCUCAACCCCUCCACCCGCUGCAAGGAGACUUCCACCCCUGAGGAAAAGAGGAGGGUCACCUUUGAAAAGUUUGGUCGUCGUGUAAAGGAGAGAAUGCACCACAACAUCCCUCAUCGCUUCACUGUGGGCCUCAACAUGAGGGCUGCCAAGUGUGCAGUCUGCCUGGACACUGUGCAUUUUGGACGACAGGCUGCCACUUGUCUAGAGUGUCGCACCCUGUGUCACCCUAAAUGCUCGCCGUGUCUACCAGCCACUUGUGGACUUCCUGCCGAGUAUGCCACUCACUUCUCAGAGGCUCUGUGCCGAGAGAAAGCAAACUCUCCAGCACUGCAGGUGAAAGAGGCCAGUGGGCAUGUCCGCCUGGAGGGAUGGAUGAAGCAGCCGAGGAAUGGAAAACGUGGUCAGCAAGGUUGGGAGAGGAAAUAUGUGGUGCUUGAUGGAACCAAAGUAUCGAUCUAUGAUACUGAGCCCAGAGAAGACUGUGUAAAAGCUGAGGAUGAGUUCGAGCUCUGUCUGCCUGAUGGAGAGGUGACUGUUCACGGAGCUGUUGGGGCCUCUGAGCUCAUCAACACCGCCAAGUCAGACAUCCCGUAUGUGCUGAAGCUGGAGUCACAUCCCCACACCACCUGCUGGCCGGGCCAGUCCCUCUACUUCAUGGCUCCAAGCUUCCCUGACAAGCAGCGCUGGGUGGCUGUGCUGGAGUCUGUGGUGGCCGGCAGCCGUGGAUCCAGAGACAAAGUGGAUGCUGAUGCUGCAGGUGUUUCUAAAAGACAGAAGAACCUUUCCCCUCUGGUUCAGAAACUUCUGGGCAAUUCUCUGCUGAAGCUGGAGGGUGACGACCGUCUGGACAUCAACUGUACUCUGCCUCUCACUGACCAGAUUGUGUUAGUCGGCUCAGAGGAGGGCCUGUACGCUCUAAAUGUCAUAAAGAACUCUUUGACACACAUCCCAGGCCUGACCUCCGUCUUUCAGAUCCAGAUCCUGAAAGACCUGGAUAAGCUGCUGAUGAUCACUGGAGAGGACAGGGCCUUGUGUCUGGUGGAAAUCAAGAAGGUCAAACAGUCUCUGUCGCAGUCCCACCUUCCUGCUCCUCCUGACCUCAACCCUUUCAUCUUUGAGACAGUGAAGGGAUGCCACCUCUUCUCCUCGGGAAAGAUUGAUAAUGGCAUCUGUAUUUGUGCCGCUAUGCCUAACAAGAUUACAAUCCUGCGACAUAAUGAAAGCCUGAACAAGUUCUGCAUAAGAAAGGAGAUCGAGACAUCAGAGCCCUGCAGCUGUAUUCACUUCACUGGCUACAGUAUUAUCAUCGGCACCAACAAGUUCUAUGAGAUCGAGAUGAAGCAGUAUGUGCUGGAAGAGUUCCUGGAUAAAAACGACGUGACGCUAGCUUCAGCUGUCUUUGCCGCAUCCUCCCACAGUUUCCCCAUCUCCAUCAUCCAGGUCACCACGGCUCCACAGAAAGACGAGUACCUGCUCUGUUUCCAUGAGUUUGGUGUAUUUGUGGACGCGUACGGACGCAGGAGCAGAAGUGAUGACAUCAAAUGGAGCCGCCUGCCUCUGUCAUUUGCCUACAGAGAACCUUACCUGUUUGUGACCUAUUUCAACUCUUUGGAUGUUAUUGAAAUCCUAGGACAUGCUGCACUGGGGCCCCACUCAUAUGCACACCUGGAUAUUCCCAACCCACGCUACCUUGGCCCAGCCAUCUCCUCAGGGGCCAUCUACUUGGCCUCCUCCUACCAAAACAAACUGAGGGUCAUUUGCUGCAAAGGAAACCUGGUCCAGAGCCAAGAAGGCGUGGGAGACCUGCAGCGGAACGGCUCAGGACGCAGCCCAUCUAUAUUCCUCGGUUCUCCCAGUCCAAACAAGCGUGGGCCUCCUUCCUACAACGAACACAUCUCUAAAAGGCUGGCAGCCAAUCCGAUGGCUCACGGAGACCCCGGCACACCUCACCGCUACAGAGAAGCUCGCACUGAAUUUAGACGGGACAAAUCCCCGAGCCGUCCACUGGAGAGAGAGAAGUCUCCUGGCAGGAUGCUGGAGAGUCGUAUAGUGGGGUCUCCAGGGAGGGCCAUGGCUGACCCUCGGUUAGAGCGCUCCCCAGGAAGGGCCAUGGCAGAUCCUCGAAUGGACCGCUCUCCUGGCCGUAUGAUGGAGGUUCAUAGAGAAAGGUCCCCCGGACGUUAUGAAGAGCGCCAAAGACUUCAUACUGGUUCUGGUCGAACACCCAUAAACCCCGUCAACAAGGUUUGGGAUCAAUCAUCUGUUUGAGAGUCGGCAGAGCCACAUCUUUAGAAAAAAGGGAAACGGUGGAGCAGAAAAUCCAGUGAGAAAGUCACCAACUCAUGAUGAAACACUGCCACACAACAGCUUUGUCUGACGAACCCCCACAGAAAAGAAACUGUAGCAGUCACAACUGAGAGAGAAAUAAAUUGAUGUCAUCAGAGUCAGGUUAUUUUUCUCAAUGAAGUGACCCAAGUCAAUAAAGGUCAACAAACAAAAUGCCAUAUUUAAAAACUUCCUGAGCAGGGUUUUUGCCAUGUAUUUGAUGAUGUAGAGGGGGUAAGAUUUGAUUUAUUUUCCAAAACAAAAUAUGGGAGUUGAGUUCUUGACUUUAGGCCGUCCUUAGUGGGUUUCGCUAUUUUUAUGAUCCUUCAGACAGUAGUGACUAUGAUAGAAAAGCACAACCGUAGCAACUUUAUCCUACAAGUUGAUGCCUAAAUCUGUAAAAAAGAAAAUCAGUCACUAGUGAAAUGGCAGGUUCCCUCGAUAUAACAUAACAGAACAGGCUCCUUUCCACACUCAGUCCACAGUAGCUUCAGAUCAGGGGCAGGAGCGGUCUAUACAUCUAAAGCAUUUUUUGUCUCCAGCCCUGUGCCGACAUGUAAACACACAAUCAUUACCAGCUGAUAACAAUCAUUCUCUGCUGCAAUCUCAGUCUGUGGUUAGUUAGUGACCCCACCUGGCUGGAGCACAAAGGAAUUUGGAUAAAACUCAAGUGUGUAAGCCCUCCCUGCCCUGUUAGAACCACACAUUCAAUGAUUGUCUACCCUAGGAUAGGUCGACACUAAAAACAUACUGCACUACCCACAAUCCUCAGCAGGACUUUCUAAUCCUUCAGAAAGUUAUCUGACUGUAAAUAGACAAGACAUAAUUUUAUAUAUAUUGAGAAGGAAUUUCAAGGCUGGAUAAGCCGUGUCUAUUUUUGUUAAAGAAAAAAAAGUGAUUAAGUGUCCUCUUGAAUGUCCGAUAAAUAUUCUUUUAACACAUUCUUUAUCAAGUGAGUGAUUGUAUCUGGAUCCAACUCGUGUAUGCACUUCAUCAGUCCAAGGCGAAACCUCAGUGCUGAACUAUACGACAGGAGAAAAAAACAUCAUGUUUUAAGGUUCCACACAGUAAUUGAGCAUUUCUUUUUUGUACCAUGUCCCUUAUAUUGUAUAUACCCAAAAAUUGUGCAAGGUGAAGAUGAAAAUAAUCUUUGUUUUUAUUCCUGAUUCGUAAAUGGCAUGGAUAUGUAUAUCUGAAAUGAAAUGGAGUGUUGUCUUCUGCUUCAGCCUCAUUUGGGUUUUAUUUUGAUUCCACCAUCUAACAGCGAAGCACGUGAAUAACAUCUCCUUUCUUUUAACUCUUACCAGUUUGCACAGUGAGUUCAUAUGAUCAUGUUCACACUCCCUCUUUUACCAAGGCACACUUGGCAUGUUAAACGGCCGGUCCAAGUUACUAAGAUCAGUACAAAUAUAUUUUAACUUCCACUGUCAUUAUGCCUAAAUCUGACAAAGUGGAUCCUCUUCCUAUAUAUCAUAAUCUGAUCCAUAGAAACAACAUUUUAGGGAAAUACUUUAUAAAAACUACACACUAUUUGGUACAAAGAGUUUUUAAACUUUAACUUAUCAUCUGUAAAUCAUGAUUUUUCAAAUUUAUUUUAAACACGAUUAAAAUUGUUUUAUUAAUGUAUUAUGCAUUCCUCACUCAUAGAUCCUAAAGUAUUAUGAAUUUAAUUAUGUCAUUUGUAAACACAGGUAGAAAUGCUUUACUGAUGCAUUAGUAGCUUUUCAAAGCCGAUAAACUGACCAGACUAUAUAUCUGUCAUUAGCAGAUCCUUUGUGCAAAGCUUGAAGCUAAAACCUUUGUUCCUGGUCGGAGAAAGAUCAGAACAAUCAGCGCAAUCAAGAAGAACAAGGCAACAGUGAUGAGCUAGCUUUAGAUGUACUGCAAGCCAGUAAACAAUUAUGACUGGGUGUAGCUAAAGUGCGCAGUUGUCAAUCACACAACCUUUCUUUACAUAAGAGUUUUGAAGUAGUGGAAAUACAUUUUUUGAAUGACUCAAGUUAAGAUAUAUAAUUUACAUGUUCAAUUUAGCCUUUCACUUCUUUUAAUUUUGAACAAUCAUGCCACAUAAAGUAAGCUAAUUUGAUUAACUAGAAGUAAAAAAGACUGAAAAGUGCACUUUGACCCAAAAAGUGCGCAUCCACAGACUUCAGUACAUCAUCCCUGCGAUGUUAAAAUUGGCUCCCACAAGAGGGAUGCCUCUAACUGCGUAGGUAGCUUCAUUCAUGGUGCAAAAGUGUCCAAUGCUCAAAGGCAAUCUGGGAAAACUCUGUAGAUUAAGGGAUGAUUGUCAAAUUAUUUGUGUUGACAGAGAAUAAGUAUAGAAAUCUUAUAACCAUCUCUUACUUACUUAAAACUAAAAAUGUGAACUAUGGAGGCUAAAAAAUAGAGCUGAAAUAGCUAUUUUGGAUUUUUAAGUUACACAACUAUUUGUUUUUCUGUUUGGUCUGACAGUGAAAAUUUAUUUGAUUUUAAUAGUUAUUUUUGAGUAUAUGCUUGUUGUGUAUGUUAUGAUAAAUGUCACUAUACCGUAUCAAAUUUCUGUUUCCUCUAUCAGUUGACAUUUUGUCAACAGUGCACUAAAUCAUAUGUUUGAGUCCUGUCUGAUGUACUGAGAAAUCUCACAUGCCUUUCAUUUUGACCAUUUGCUGCACAAAAAAAUGGUAUUGAUUUUCUCUGCUCAUUUCUUAAAAAGUUUUAAAUUAGAUUAUCCAAAGUAUGUGGAAACCCUGAUCAAAAGGAGAGCAAAGAACCAAACUUAUAGCUUUUCUUGGCAGAGAAGACGUUCUGGCUCAGCUUCCUGUCUAAGUCAUGUGGUUUAAUCACCGGGGCUGCACAUGCCCACUACACUAUGUUUUGUCAGUUUUAUUUGCCCUUAAUGAAUGUGACAGAUAGAACAUUCAUGCAGUCAACCUCCAAAAUAUUUCUGAAAGAUUUCAUUAAUUGAUGAGUCAAGUGUUAACUCAUGCUUCAUUGAUACUAAAAGUGUGUAGUUCUUCUAAAGUGUUAUCUAUUCUAAUGUUUUUAUCAGGUUGUCAUCUUUUAACAUGCCCAGUAUGUCUCCCAACAGAGCUACACUCAGUAGAAAGAACUUUCCUCUCCCAGUUGGGUUAACUUUGGACAUACAUAUAUAUCUUCAUGAAUGUAUUAAAGCAAAGAAGAUAGAACGGAUUCAUCGGUCAACAGAAAGCACCGAGUGCUAUAGAUUGCACAAGUUUUCAACUGCUAUACAAAAGGGUUUCUCAUCCUUGAAUUUUAUUUUUGUAUUCUUUUUAUCUUGCAUUUCUUUUCACAUGAUCCUGAAUCAUAAUGCUGUACGCUGGAUAUGAUAUUGAUGUCUGCUAACAAAUGUUUUAUUAGCGUUCCCUGUAGAGAUUUUGUCACAGAAUAUUAAAUAUUAUAAUCAU